CACAUAUAAAACUAAUCAACUCGUCUAGAAGGACUCUAUAAAAAUUUGUCACUCUGUAAAAAAAAAAGGCCACUCAUUAUACUAUCAAUAGAUUAGUUUUUGUAAAGAAAUUUUAGAUGAAUAUUUUAACACAAUAUGUUUAAAAAUCUAUCAAAGAAGUGAAUAAAAAUAAAAAUAAACUGGCGAUAAAAAUUGUAACCCUUUGUUUUUCUAUUACUCUCAAAAUCUGUUGUUAUCUAUGUGGCGUAUCAUUUCGGAGUGAGCUUCUGAUAAUGACUCUUUUUGAUGUGGCCAAUAGUUUAUGGGAGUGGGGAUCAUUUGAUUGGGCUAACAAAAUCGAUACCAUUUGGAAAACUACAAUAUGUCAAAAAAAAACAGAUAGUUAUCUUGAACAAUACAUAAAGAUGGUUUUAUCCUGGGUCGUAAUGUCACGAAUAAUCAUUACCCAUUUGUACACUAUCUCCUACAUCGCUAAUUUCUAUUCAAUCAUCACUUGGAGUCAAGAAAAAAUGCUACUUCCUUGGUUAACAAUGAGCGCCUUUAAAAAUUUUAUUCUGGAAUCAAUCGUUCUGUUUGUAAUUAUUCUACUCUACUUAGAAGGGAAUCUUUCAGGUUUUCUAUUUAGCACAGCUGUUUUUGAAAAAAUAAUUACAAUGGCUUUAGCAGCUCACAAUUGGAAUGCUAUAAAUGCUCUUUAUAUUAAACUCAAGGAGAGAGAUAAAAAGAAUGACAAAAGAAAGAACAGGUUGACAACUUUAUCUACUCCUUUCAAUGUCAUGAUAGGAAUGAGUAUGCAGCGUUCAAAGUUAGAUGAAGAUGCUUAUAAGAAACGAAUGAUUCUAAGUCUUCCAGACCUAAAUUAUCUACAUACUGAUUCUCUAGCUGAUUCUGAUGAUAAGCAAACAAUAAAAGAAUCCAAGUCCUUGACUGCAAUAUCAUCAUUAAAAAAUCAUCAGUUUGAUAGCAAACGUAACUCAAAUAUCACUGAUGAUUUACAAUUUUCUCCAGUUAAUAAAGUUUUAAAAGUUUUGGAUUUUACAAAUAAUGUCACCGAUGAAUUUUCAUUAUCCAAAUAUGAAUUUGAUGAUAAAUUUUCUGAUGAUUCUGUAUCCGAAGUAAUUCAUGUUAUAGAACAUGAAAGUGAUGACGUUGAUAGUAAAACUUCGACUUGCGUUUGUUUAUCUGAUACAGGUGAAAAGAAUGUUAUUACAUCACCUGAAGAAAGUUUUAAUAUCCAUCCAUCAAGAGCUAAGACAUACAGUAAAGAUAAUAUAGAAGGAAAUCAUUCAGAGUGGUCUAGACAUUGGAACUUGGAAAGUAUGCUAAGAUCUUACAAAAGUGUUGAAAUGAAAGAAUCAGAAACUGAAUAUGACAUUGGAAUAACUUAUGAUGAAAAGUGUUGUCAAUGGUCAUCAUCAGAGGAUGAACUGGACGAUGAAAUUAAUGAACAAAAGAAACAAGAAAUACAGAAGGAAUGCUGGCAAAUUUUGAAUGAUUUAAUGACAAUAGUAUUCUUACAGAUUGAAUCAAAGUUCAAAAGAGAUAAAAAUAAUAUUCCUAAAAUAAGUAUGAAAAAUAUAGAGACUCAGACAGCUAAAAAUAAUUCUUAUAAGACAAGUACAACACAAACUUCUUCAAAUGAAUUACCUUCAUCACAAUAUAAUUCAUAUUAUCUGCAUAUGCUGAUGGAUUUGUCUAGGAAAGACAAUACGCGUGAAACAAUUCAAGAUCGAGAAAAGAAAGAAUUGGAAGCCUUGAAAGUUUAUAAUGCAAUGACGUUAUGGAAAUACAAAGAAGAAAAAGAUAAAAUGAGUUUAAAUACAAUAGAAGCUUCAACGUCGGAUAAAUUUAAAAUUAAUACUUCUAAAAAAAUGGCAGAUAAUUCAAAGACAUUUGAAAGUUUUCGUGAAACAUUUGAUGAUUUUCAAGUAGGACGUAAGUUAGAUCGCUCAAGAGCAAGUAGAAAUAUUCCUGGAUUAUUGUUAAUGAAUUCAUCACAUAAUCAAUUAAUGUCAACAAAAAUGGACAGGAAUAAAAUGAGUAUUUUCGAAGCUACAGACAAAAAUGAUUCAAGUAUUGACAAAAAUAUCUCAGCAACUCGAGUAGUUCAAAGUUCAAAAGAUUUAAUCGAUUUAAAAACAAAAAUUUUUAAUAUUGAUUGGACAUUUCCUCUUAAUAAUUUAGGUUAUUCUAAUAGAUCCAAGAAAAUAAAUUUAGAAUCAGAAUUAUUAGCAACUGAUAUUAUUGAUGAAUAUGAUACUAUUCCUUUAUUGCAAAGUGCUUUUUCUUUUGAUCCUCAUGAAAAUGUUCGAGGAUUUUAUUUAGGACCAGCAUCAUCAGAUUUUUAUUCCAUAUCAGAACAAAUUCCUAAUGUUUUUCAUGAGAUUAUAAAAACAGCUCGCAUCGAAGCCAUGACCUAUAACUUAUUUAAUUAUCCUUCAACCCAAGAAGUAGAUUUUGGGGAGGAUUAUUUGAAAAAUUGGAAAACAAUACAUGAAAAUAAUAAGAAUGAAUUAUUCAAUAAAGAUGCAAAGGAAGUAACAAAUAUUCAUGGCUGUGAAGAUCUAACUGUAAUUCAAGAUACUAAUGACACAAUAAUAAACAAUAGAAAUAAUUUUUUGCAUGUUGGAAGGGAAAAAAAAAUUCAUUAUUUCGAUGAUGAUGAUAAUGAUGAUAGUGAUUGGUCUAAUGAGGCUUAUUCUACUGGGGAUUAUUUUUCAAAAUACAUUAAAAAACAAGAUAGCUUAAGUGAUUUUAGUAAUCAAAGCAACAUGUCAGAAUUUCAAGCUAAUGAUUUAAUAUCUCCUUCAACAUCUAGUCAAUUAAUUCUAUAGUUCAUGGAUUGAAUUUUGAAAUGAUUGAAAGAAACAAAUUUAAAAAAAUAUUUUAUUAAAAUUAAUUAUCAACAAGUCUCAUCAUAAAUAUUUUCAGAUUCUGAAACUAAGUAAUCGG